AACUAAAAAGUAAAUCAUCCCGACGUGUUUCUUCCGGGUAAUACUCUCUCUCUCUCUCUCUCUCUCUCUCUCUCUCGGGCCUACACACAGGGCAGUAGCUGCCAUUGGAACAGAUUAUUCCAUGCGUGUGUGAGUGCUGCUCUUCCCUUAAAUAACUUUGUGUUUUGCUGUCCCUGCUGCAUAAAGGCCCUCCCUCUCUUCUAGUUGUGUGUGUGCUUGCGUGUACGUUUUUUUUCACUUCGGGGCGAUUCAUGGGGAGCCAAUCCUCUGCAAAGCCAAAGCUUCGCAAAGGACUGUGGUCUCCAGAGGAAGAUGAGAAAUUGGUGAGGUACAUUACAAAGUAUGGCCACAAAUGCUGGAGCAUCGUACCGAAACACGCAGGCCUCCAAAGAUGUGGGAAGAGCUGCAGGCUGAGAUGGAUCAACUAUCUCCGGCCCGACUUGAAAAGGGGCCACUUUUCGCAACAGGAAGAAGAGUUGAUCGUCAAGCUACACGCAGUGCUUGGGAACAGGUGGGCGCAAAUUGCGACGCAGCUCCCGGGUCGAACAGACAACGAGAUUAAAAACUUUUGGAACUCGUGCCUGCGGAAGAAGCUACGUCAAGUUGGUAUCGACCCACACACUCACAAGCCAAUGGCAGCCGGCCCCGACAGCGUCGCCCGAUCGUCCGAGGAACUGGGAGAAGUAAUUGGAGUCUCGGGUCACUCGCUCCACAACAAUCACGUCAAGGAUAAUGGUUUCCGGUUUAGGCAGUCUCUGCAGCAACACAACGAAGAGGAAGAGAACAGCUUCUCACUUUCAAUGCUGCCGAUCACGCUCAGCCCCCACCAGCAGCAGCAGCAUUGCGACGCAGGCAUGAAUUUCGUUCCAGCGACACUGGCAUUCCACCACCAAGCUCAAGCUCACCACCACCACCACCAAGCUCACGUUCAAGCUCAAGCUCAAGAGCAGCAAACGGCAGCGUCGUCCGUGUUCCCAUUCUGGAUCGAUAACAGCAGCAGCAACAACAGCAGCUCCAACUCUCCAUCGUCCUGCUCCGAGACGACGGACUCGUGGAGCUGCUUCUCGGACGGGAUCUUCUCCCCCACCGGAACCGGAGGGAGCGUUUUCAAGUCGUGGUGUUUCUUUGAUUCCUCCAUUCUCGACACCAAGAUCGACGCUGCGUCAUGGCAGCAGCAAAGCAGCAAGUCACUGGCACACUUUUAUGACGACGAGCCCACCGAUUCCGACCCCAUCUCCGCAGUCUUAGAUCAGAUGUGAUGUUUGCUUCUCCUCUUUUCGUCCCCUCCUCUCUCUCUAUAUUUUUUAAGGCACAGAGCUCCUCCACACACACGUCCGCGUCUGCCAAAAAAGCUGGAUGCCACGGAUCGAGGUGGGGCUUGGCGAGUCGGUUGGCAUUUACUCCCUUGUUGCUCGUGGCUAAUACUUCACCAUUCUGUAUAUAGUUGAAGAAGAGAGCGUUGAGUGUUCUCUGGUUGAUGCUGACCCCGCAAUAUUCCACAUCGUCCCAAAACGAAUCUAACAAGCUGGAGUGGAGAGGGGCCGUGCGUUGUGGACGAACGGGGUCCAAUGGCUUGGCUUGACUAUGUCCAUUUGAAUAAAAGAAGGCCAUUUGCUGUU